UUGAACACCAGAAAUCAAGAAAAGAAAAUGGGAACCAGUGGAAUAUGGUCACAACUAGGUUCACUUAUGGCAAGCGUCAUGUUUGUGUAUGCCAUGUAUGAGCAAUUCUUCCCUCACCACCUUCGCAUCUAUCUGAAGAAAUACACAAAAAAAUUCUCAAGCCUCAUGUACCCUUACAUCCAAAUAACCUUCCCCGAGUUCUCAGGUGAAAGACUCAAGAGAAGUGAAGCAUACACAGCCAUCAAAACCUACCUCAGUGCAAACUCAUCUCAAAGAGCCAAAAGGCUCAAAGCUGAAGUCGUGAAAGAUAGCCAAAACCCAAUAGUUCUCACCAUGGACGACAAUGAAGAGAUCAUAGAUGAGUUCCAAGGUGUCAAAGUGUGGUGGAGUGCAAACUACAAAAUGCCCAGCUCUCAGACAAUUUCAUGGUACCCUUCUUCAGAUGAGAAGAGGUUCUUAACCCUAACGGUCCACAAGCGUCACCGUGACCUCAUCACAAGCUCCUACAUCCAACAUGUGUUGGAUGAAGGGAAGGCCAUUACGGUUCAGAAUAGGACGCUGAAGCUGUACACCAACAACCCUGGCAGUGAUUGGUAUGGUUACAAACGCACCAAGUGGAGCCAUGUGAACUUCGAGCACCCUUCAAGGUUUGAGACUCUCGCUAUGGAUCCAAAGAAGAAGGAAGAGAUCAUAAAUGAUCUUGUUAAGUUCCAAACGGGAAAAGAGUAUUAUGCUAAAGUUGGGAAGGCUUGGAAGAGAGGGUACUUGCUAUAUGGCCCCCCAGGAACUGGGAAGUCUAGUAUGAUAGCUGCUAUGGCUAAUUUCAUGAACUAUGAUGUGUAUGAUCUUGAACUCACUGCAGUGAAGGAGAACACUGAGUUGAAGAAGUUGUUGAUUGAGACUUCGAGUAAGUCUAUUAUAGUGAUUGAGGACAUUGAUUGCUCUCUUGAUCUUACAGGCCAAAGGAAGAAAGAAAAGAAGAAAGAUGAAGAUGAAGAUGAGGAGAAACCUAAGAAUCCUAGCAAGAAAAGUGAAGAGGAAGAGAAGAAGGCAAGUAAGGUGACUCUAUCAGGGUUGUUGAAUUUCAUUGAUGGGAUUUGGUCAGCUUGUGGAGGGGAGAGGGUCAUAAUUUUCACAACAAAUUACGUGGAGAAGCUUGAUCCUGCUUUGAUUAGGAGAGGGAGGAUGGACAAGCACAUUGAGAUGUCAUACUGUGGCUAUGAGGCUUUCAAGGUGUUGGCUAAGAACUACUUGGAUGUUGAGUCUCAUAGUUUGUUUCCCACUAUUGAGAAGUUGUUGGGGGAGACCAAUAUGGCCCCUGCUGAUGUUGCUGAGAGUCUUAUGCCUAAGUCAAUUGUUGAAGAUUCUGAGUCUUGCUUGAAGAAUCUGAUCGAGUCUAUUGAGGAGGCAAAGAAGAAGGCAGAGGAGGAAGCAAAGAAAAAGGCCAAGGAGGAUGAGGAAGUGGCAGUAACAAAAGAAGAAGAGGUUAAAGCCAAUGGAAAAUCUGCUGAAGGGGUGAAAGAGAAUGGCACCAUCCAUUAGUGUAGAUUAAGUUCAAUAGUAUUAGUGUGACAUAAUAUAGCUGUGAUAAUUGUGAUGUAUGUAUGAUGUUCAAAUAUGAUUUUUCUUUUUUCCUUCUGAUGUGAUGUAAUGUAAUAAAUGGAAUUGGAAUUAAUGACAGUUAUUAGACUUUGUUUUUAAUA